GGGUAUUUUCUCGCGCAUGCGCCCUAAGACAAGUCGGCUUCCGACCCCCCCCUCCCUUUUACUACUCCGGACCAGAGUUGGUGGCUGGUUCUGCUGUGACCUCUGGUAGCGAUGGUACCCUUCUCUUUGCUUUGGACCACUCGGAGAUGUGGUCAGCUGGUCUGGAUGGCUGCUCGGGCUCAGCACAGUAAGGUGGCCCAGACACAGGCUGGGGAAGCAGCUGGAGGCUGGACAGGCCAGGAGACUUUGGCAGAGAGUGACCCUGAGAUGUGGGAGCUACUCCAGAGAGAGAAGGACAGGCAGUGUCGUGGCCUGGAGCUCAUCGCCUCAGAGAACUUCUGCAGCCGAGCGGCGCUGGAGGCCCUGGGGUCCUGUCUGAACAACAAGUACUCGGAAGGUUAUCCUGGCAAGAGAUACUAUGGAGGAGCAGAAGUUGUGGAUGAGAUCGAGUUGCUCUGCCAGCGCCGGGCCUUGGAAGCCUUUGAUCUGGACCCUGCGCAGUGGGGAGUCAAUGUGCAGCCGUACUCGGGAUCCCCAGCCAAUCUGGCUGCUUACACGGCUCUUCUUCAACCCCAUGAUCGGAUCAUGGGGUUGGAUCUGCCCGAUGGGGGCCACCUCACUCAUGGCUACAUGUCUGAUGUCAAGCGGAUCUCUGCCACGUCCAUCUUCUUCGAAUCUAUGCCCUAUAAACUCAAUCCCCAAACUGGCCUCAUUGACUACGACCAGCUGGCGUUGACUGCUCGGCUUUUCCGGCCACGGCUCAUCAUAGCUGGUACUAGUGCCUACGCCCGUCUCAUUGACUAUGCCCGCAUGAGAGAGGUGUGUGAUGAGGUCAAGGCACACCUACUGGCAGACAUGGCCCAUAUCAGUGGCCUUGUGGCUGCCAAGGUGAUCCCGUCACCUUUCAAGUAUGCGGACAUUGUCACCACCACCACUCACAAGACUCUUCGAGGGGCCAGGUCAGGACUCAUCUUUUAUCGGAAGGGAGUGCGGACCGUAGACCCCAAGACUGGCCGAGAGAUCCCUUACACCUUUGAGGACCGAAUCAACUUUGCUGUGUUCCCGUCCUUACAGGGAGGGCCCCACAACCAUGCCAUUGCUGCAGUAGCUGUGGCUCUCAAGCAGGCCUGCACCCCCAUGUUCCGGGAGUACGCCUUACAGGUGCUGAGGAAUGCUCAGGCCAUGGCUGAUGCCCUGCUAAAGCGAGGCUACUCGCUGGUGUCCGGUGGCACUGACACGCACCUGGUGCUGGUGGACCUGCGACCCAAGGGCCUGGAUGGAGCCCGAGCUGAGCGCGUGUUGGAGCUUGUGUCCAUCACGGCCAACAAGAACACCUGUCCUGGAGACCGCAGUGCCAUUACUCCCGGGGGCCUGAGGCUUGGUGCCCCGGCACUGACUUCUCGGCAGUUCCGAGAGGAUGACUUCCGUAGGGUCGUUGAUUUUAUCGAUGAAGGAGUCAACAUUGGCUUGGAUGUGAAGCGUAAGACUGCCAAGCUCCAGGAUUUCAAAUCCUUCCUGCUCAAAGACGCAGAAACAAGUCAGCGUCUGGCCAACCUCAGGGAACAAGUGGAGCGCUUUGCCAGGGCCUUCCCGAUGCCCGGGUUUGAUGAACGCUGAGGACCCGGGGACCAAGGCCCAACACUGGAAGUUAACCCUUCUUUCUGCCUACCUGGACCACAAAAAUGACAUCACUGAUCUUUCUGGGUUUCGGUGGAGGGAGGGAGGGAGGCCUUCCGUUUAGGGCAAGAGCCAGGUAUCUGUUUUGUAGCCAUUUCUAGAGGUCCCCAACACACACGUGAGACAGGGUCUCACUUAGCUGAGGCUGGCCUUGAACUGACCCUCCUACCUCCAUUUCCCAAGUGUAGGUAUGCACCAUCACACCCAGCUUCACCCUCCCGACGCUGGCUGCUCCAACCCUCUGCCUUCUCUCAGUGUUACAGACUCUCGCUCUUUCUUGGGGAGGGGGAGUUGCGUGCAGAGCCAGAGGAAGGGGUGGGUAGGCACUCUCCUUCCUGUUUUUAUCUAAUAAAAUGCUAACCUGC